AUGCAUUCAAGUAGUUUAGAAUGUUCUGGUAGUAAGCUUAUUGGUCGAUACGAUUUUAGUUUUUUGCCAGGUAAACCAUGUCCCGGAAAAACAAGACCCCAUAAGACUCGAUGUAAUGCCUACUACAAAUGCACAGAACUUAAUGUGGAUAAGCAUGUCUGGGUACCGACCCAGUGCGAAGAAGGACUUGUGUACGAACACAGCCUGGAAGUCUGUGUUUUGCCUGCAGACGAUUGGGAGUGUGGACAAAAGGAUCAAAGCGAAAAAUCGACAACCUCCUCAAAAAAGAACGAUCAAGGUCCAUCGCAUAAGGAAGCCGAUUAUUACGUAGUUUCCAAUAGCAAUGACGAGAUGGAUGAAAAUUACAUCAACGACAAAUACGACGAUGGCAAAGUGGAAAUUAUCAUAGGCACAGGAAUUAGCAAGGAAGAAGAUGAUGAAGCCAAUGAAAAUGAUGAUCUCUACGAUGGAAGUGGCAAUGGAAGCGAAAUGGUGGAAUUAGACGAUAUGAUCAAUGCAGAAAAUCGAGAGACCAAUGAUUCUCCCCCAAUGGAUAUGGAGAAAAAAGAGGAAUUGAAUGAGGUCCUUCAAACCAUUAAAACUAAAGCCGAAAUUGGCCAGCCUUCCUCUAACAUUGAUCCCAAUUUGACUGCCCAUCUACAAAGGUUGACACAGCUGGUAGAUGGUCUGAAGCAGACAUAUCAGGCACAUAACGAAAAGGAGCCGACACAAGACUUAAGACCUGAUCAAUUAAAUGCCUUCCUGGCCCAUUUCAAUAUAAAGAAUACAAUCGAUAGCCUAGAUCCCAAUGGGGAACACGAGACAGUAACGUUGGCCAGCAUAAAGACAUCGAACAAGACUACGGGAGUCAAAAACGAAACAAAUAAAAAUUUAACCCCAGAGACUAAAGUGGUUCUAACCAAUAUUAUACCCAAACGAUAUGGCUCUCAGCACGGCACUUCCAAUGGAGGUGGAUACAGCAAUUCUCAAAUUGUGGUAAAUCGUCCAGAGGGAGCGGUUCUAUUUGCCUUACCAGCAGAUCACCAUUUUGGCGAGCAUGCGGAGCACUACUCAGAUAAUUCACCAAAAAUAUCCCAAGAAACUUUAAAGACUGUGCUGGAAUUAUCCAAGCAAAUGAUAGCCUCCCAGAAUAUGCCAAAUGUAAUACAAAACCCGGCCUACUACACACCCUCGCUGGUGCAACCUAUUCUGCUUGCCCAAAGCCCAUUUUCUAGCGAUUACUAUGCCGGAAGACCUGACCAACAUUUGGAUCACUCUGGCGGAUUUAACAGUGUCUUCAGCAGUGAUUAUCAUAAUCGCCGUUACAAACCCUACAAGAAGCCUGCCAAGAAUUCAUAUGACAAUCCCACUACCAUCAUACACAACAAUGUCAUACCAUUGCAUUUGAGUUCAACGGGACCGGGUUCAGGUGAUAAACAAGUACUGGAUAGCUAUGGGCAGAAAUUAGGCCUAUAUCCUCCUAUCGAUGUUCAAGGAGAAAGGCCUGAUAUCCUGGACAAUGUCUAUGAUCAUGACCAUGACCACCACCAAGAGGAAUACGAAAGUAACAAAUACUCGACCCACACAACUCGAAGACCCUUGACCACAGAUACGCCAGCCUAUGGUAAUACUGUGCGUCCCUUUGAUUUUCAUCCAACCUCGGCCACUUUCAAUAAAUAUUUUACACCCAGUGAGCAUUUGAGCAAUCACAAUGUCAACAAUAUCUUUCAAACGACAGACAAUUAUGGAAAUCUAGUAAAGAAAAGAAGGCCUUCUUCAGCCUCGCAGAUUUCCUCGGCAUACCAUGGAGAUGCCUCAAAUCAAGAUAAUUAUGGCUUAACACAAAGUGGCUCAAACCCAGGGUAUCAACAUUCCAGCCCACAGGCAAUUUAUUCCGAGGAUCACAUUCAGCAACAUCAGCCCCAAUAUCCGGAUAGUAUCGAUGAGGAUGAAUCUGAUGUUAUCACAUACACCUAUGGACACAAAAAGCCAGUGCAUGUAGAUGGAAAUCUACAUCUUCAAUACGCAUCAGAUGACACGGCUCAAGCUGUGUUUAGUACGGGUAAAAAUCCCUACAUGGGUAGACCCUCUUCAAUGUUUACCUCCAAUUCCUAUAACACGUUACCAACAUCAUCAUCAUCUUCCUCUGCCAGCAAAAACAAGUACAACCGUCCAUCUACGGGCUAUAGUGAAGGAUCACAACUGGUAAAUUUUGGUGGAAAUUUUAUAAGCGUUGAUGUUUUCCAAAAUUCCAUACUUCCGUUAUUAGGAGGAAAUACGCCUGCGGCCAAUGUUGAGGUCAUAACCUGUGCGGCCGGGGUAAGACAGCCCAAUACAACGGACUGUACUCGCUACUAUGUAUGCAGCAAGAAGGAUGGCAAAGUUCUCUCCUACUCAUGCCCUCCAUAUACAGGCUUCAAUAGUGCAACUCGCAUAUGUGAUGCUAGAACGUAUGCCCAAUGCAGUCCUGACGUAGCAUCCAACAUGUACCCCAGCUACUCCAUAUCAGAAAAUAAACGCCUACAAUUGGAGACAUUAAAAGCUUUACAAGAGGCCAAGCGCAAACAAGCUCUCCAACAACAGCAAGCUCAACAGGUGGCUAAUAUUCUGCAACAAUACUCCGCACCGAUAGAGAGCCCCGGUGAAACGAAUAUGCUGCACUCGUACAUGCAGCAGGCCGCCUCUUUGGCCUCUAUUGCCACCAGUACCACAUCACGGCCCUAUGUGACAAAUUCGCCGACGAAAAAAAGAAAAUACUACUGCAAGGAGGGAGAUAAGAUAGCCGACCAGACAUCCAUCAAUAGCUAUUUUGUCUGCUACAAAAAUGCCCAAGGCCAAAUGAAGGGCCACAAAAUGACCUGUUCCAAAGGAUUGCUAUUCUGUCCGCAAUCGACCAUGUGUACCUUGCCAUCGAAAUGUUCCUAA